CAAUCAGUCUCUCGUUGUAAUUGGUGAGAGUGGUGCGUGUGUGCGACACUGCUCUUAAAAAAAUUGUUGUUAUGAAGUAAUAAUAAGUGAAAAAUUAGUUUUUGUGAAUUCAAUGUUGUGUUAAAUAUUUUUUUGGUUUCUGAGACUUAACAAACAUAUUUUGAAGAAUCUUAGUUCAAAUUUUAAUUGCGUUUGUACACAUGUUGUGAUCGAUACUUAUUUACGUUGUUGAUUUUUUUUUCUGAUGAGGGUGUCACGAAAAAUGAAGAGACCAUAAAGUUUAAGACAAAAGACACAACAAAAGAGUAACAAUGGAAGAGCGUGAGCCGAAGGGCCCCGGCGUGCCCGAUAUGACUAUGAUGCCGCAGAUCACAGAACUGGCGAUCAACGAUAACCUCAAGCGGCGCUACAUACACGACCUUAUAUACACGUACACAGGUUCGAUUCUAGUCGCAGUGAAUCCGUACAAGGAGUUAGGAUGCUACAACAUGGAGGAUAUGCAAAAUUUCCGAGGCAAAGCCUUCGGGACUCUCCCACCCCACGUGUUCGCUCUCGCCGAGUCCGCCUAUAGUUCACUCCAGAAUGGCGAAAAGAACCAAUCCGUAGUUAUAUCUGGGGAGAGCGGUGCUGGUAAGACGGAGACCACAAAGCUGAUCUUGCAGUACCUGUGCGCGGCGGGGGGGCAGGCAUCAUGGGCUGAACAACAGAUUCUCGAAGCUAACACUGUAUUAGAGGCUUUUGGUAAUGCUAAGACCGUGCGGAACGACAAUUCGUCCCGGUUUGGGAAGUUUGUUGAGGUAAGGCUUGAUCAUCGGGGCGGCAUCAGGGGCGCAGUCCUCAGAGACUUUCUGCUGGAACGAGCUAGGAUCACGGGACCGGCUCCCAGAGAGACCAACUACCAUGUGUUCUAUCAACUCGUCGAAGGUGCCAAGCACAACGCAGAACUCCGCAACACAUUGCGUCUCCGAGACGACGUCCAGUUCAAGUACUUGAGGCCAGAAGAUGAAGAGGCCCGCCGCGGUCGAGUCGGCGAACAGGGGAAGCUGGAGGCGCUGCAGCUUGCACUCACUGUACUACAGGUCCCGCCACACAUGUGCGAGGGUCUGUUCAAAGUACUUGCUGCCGUGCUGUGGUUAGGAAAUAUACAAUUCCAAGAUGUGGACGGUGAACGCACGACCCUAGCGCCCGAAGACUCGGAGGCGGUGGACGCGGUCGCCAGCCUGCUAGGGCUGGCACCACCCACCGCCCAACGAGUGCUGUUAGAGAGACAGAUCAAUGUUAGAGGAAAUGUCACAGACAUACCGCUACGAUUACAUGAGGCAAGAGAGAACCGUCACGCAAUGGCCCGUGCGUUGUACUCACGUACGUUCGCAUGGCUCGUCCGUCACGUGAACAGCUGUUCAGCGCCAGGCCGAGAGGCACGGCGAGCACUGGGGGUCCUCGACAUUUUCGGCUUCGAGAACUUCGCAUCCAACUCCUUAGAACAACUUUGCAUCAACUACGCCAACGAGAAAUUACAUAUGUUCUUCAAUAAUUACGUCUUCGCGCUUGAGCAGGAAAUUUAUCGUCAAGAAGGAAUUAAAUAUAACCAAAUUCAAUUCACGGACAACGCGGUCUGCCUGGAGCUGUUAGAGAAACCGCCUAGGAGUCUGCUGAAGCUGCUCAGCGAACAGUGCCAUAUGCCAAAGGGAUCGGACGGUGCUUAUCUCACGAACAUACAAGGCGAAUUCGGUGAUCACCAGAGUUUUGUGAAAGGAUCGCGGAGGAAAUGGGAGGAGGAAUUUGGAGUGCAACACUACGCUGGCACAGUGACGUACAGUGUUCACGGAUUUGUCGAUAAAAAUAGAGACACGCAGCAGGACGCGUUUAUCGAUCAUUUGAGUCGGUCCGCCAAUCCCUUUGUUAGAGAACUAGCUGAUUACGUGCAAGACUUAGCGCCACCUGGACAUGAUAUAUCCCUUUCAAGCCCAGGAUCAACCAGCACAACUCAGAGAGGUACUUCGAAAGGCCGACCCACGGUUGUCGAUACAUUCAGAGCUCAAUUACAGUCAUUAGUCGAUAUGUUACAAGCUACUGACGUGUGGUACGUCCGCUGCAUAAAGCCCAAUGAGAACAAGGUGGCUGGCAAAUACAACGACCAGCUGGUCCUGGAGCAGCUGAGGUACCUGGGUAUGAACGAAAUCGUUCGUAUCCGUCGGGACGGCUUCCCUGUUCACCUUCCUACGCCGCUAUUCGGGGCCCGGUACAGAUGUCUCCUGCCCCAUCCCAGACCGGCGACACCGCUCACCAAGGACAUAAUGGCGUUGGUUGAUGCACCCGAUGACGAUUGGCAAAUAGGACACACAAAGAUAUUCAUGAGGAGUUCCGUUCAUGGUCCGCUUGAAGCUAGAAGGACGGCACUACUGCAUAAGUCGGCGCUAUUGAUACAAAAGUGGUACAAGGGAUCGAUCAAACGCCGUCAGUACCUGCAGUGGCGUCGCGCGGCCGUAGUACUCCAAGCCGCUUGGCGAGGAUGGUUCGAGCGGGCGGCCUUCCUGAGGUUGCGUAGGGCCGCACUCACGCUGCAGAGGCACCUUAGAGGGGCCUUCGCCAGGGAAGUGGCUGCAGCGUUACGAGAGAUGAAGAUGGUUAACCAGGAGAUCAAGCUGAGAGAAGAAAGGAAUAGUAUGGUAGAAAAAGCAGCUGCAGAACGCGCUGAACUCGAAAACAUGGCGGACCAUCUGCGUGGUAUACCUUGUAACCCUCGCGCCGAGUCCGUCAACCUAGAUAACCUGUUCGACUUCCUGGCUGAUGUACCAGCGCAGAGAGGCGCUCCGGAUGGCCAACCAGAUCACCAACCCUCCAUCGCUGAAAUCGGAGACUGCAUGGAGCGACUGGCUGAUGAUCUCAAUCAUGAGUUGGAGACGGUGCUAGCGGAAGAAAUGAUCGAACUCAACAAAGCCCACACGGAAGCCCAACGCAAACCUGACGGAGCGCCGUCUGAAUCUAUCCCACCGCCUACAUCGCUGGCUCUCACAUCUAUCCUGCAUCCCGCGACUCCUGUCACACCCAACCCGCUGACAAACGGCGUGUCCAAUGGCAUGUCGCCGGUGACUCUGUCGUCAUCAAUAACCAAUGGGCUGUCUCCGACUCACGAGAUGACGUCAUCGCUCACCAAUGGUGACGUGAUGUCGUCCUCUCUAGUGAUGCCACCGCCACCAUCGAUAGAGCCCAGCGUUGAAGACUCCCCGGUGUUCCCACCACCUCCUUCGUGUUCUCUUCCAGAACCAGCUGGACCACCGCCGCCACCACCUUUAAUCAAAGAUACAACCCCACCAGAACUAACCAACGGGAUAAUACCAAACGGAAAAGUCUCCAUAAUAAAAGACAAGGAGCCUAUAUACGAAUCGGUGAUACCAAGGCCCAACACGGACCCGUCCCUAGUGACGUCACCACCACCACCACCACCGCCGCCACCAGGACACCCGCCGUCAGAUAAUGGUUUCUCCCCAUCGACCAAAAACUUGGAUGAUCAGAACGAAGCCCCGCUCCCGCCGUUACCGAGCAAUGUGACGUCACCGGAAACAAAUGACACCAUUUCCCCAACACCCAUGGACUCAUGUACCAGCCCGCCGCCUGUACUGAAUGGAGAUUCAAAUAACUCUGAACGUAAUGCCCGCCGUAAAGAACGAGUAGAGCGUCGCCUGCACCAGCUGGAGGCUCCUCCCACCAACGUGGAAGCGCCGGCGGAUGGAAACGAUCUCACGGAGUUCGCUAAGAUGUACUUCAACGAUCACCCGCGGUCACCAGAAGGCACAAUAAUGGCAACCCUAACGCGUAAGAGCAAGUCUAUGGAGCUGUUGACUAAAGAGGAAAUGAUAACGUAUCACAAAGGAAACAACAUUCCGACAUCACACAUACAACUACACGACCCCGACAGCGUCACCGCAGCUGUUAAUAUAUUCAGAGACUUAUGCCGGUACAUGAGAGGCGAACUGACAGCAGAGAAGGAAACUCAAGUCAUACAAUCCAUAAUAGGAAAAGGAUUGGAGAGGGAGGAGCUGCGGGACGAGAUACUGGUUCAGUGUGUGCGUCAGAUCACAGAAUGUCCGGUAGAGGAGUGGGCGGAGCGUGUGUGGCUGAUUCUUUGUCUGUGCGCGGUGGCCUGGCAGCCUAGCCGCGGCCUGGCUCGCUACUACUGCUGCUGGCUGAGAGCGCGGGCGAGACCUGUGACUUCACCGGCUUCCACUGGCUCAGUGACUUCAGUGGCGUCGGUGACGAGCACCGCAAGGGCUGCCCACUGUGCUCAGUGGUGCCUCGACAACUGCAGGGGUGCCGCGCCUAGACAACUACCGCCCAGUACUGUGGAGAUUGCUGCUAUGCGUCGUCUCGGCACAAUAGUCUGCAGGUUCUUCUUCCUAGACGGUCGCACGAAGGCGAUCGACGUGCACCCCGCAGACACGGCUGCCGCGGCCGCAGCUCGCCUCGCCGACAAGCUGGGUCUGGCGCCACCAGCUCGAGCUGGCUGGGCCGUGUACCAGCAACGCGCCGGUACUGAGGAACAUGUACGGGCCACGCAGUAUCUGUAUGAUGUCAUCGCUGCUUGGGAAAUGCAACAAGGACCGGGGGGUGGCUCGGCGGACAACCGGUUCGUGUUCAAGAGACGAUUGUUCCGCGGCGGGCGAGAACUGCCCCACGACCCCGUCGAAGUAGCCUUGUUAUACGCGCAGGCGGUCCACAGCGUUGUUAAGUUGGACGAGUUCCCGGUAUCAGAAAAGGUGGCGCUCCAACUGGCGGGACUUCAGGCUCAGGUGUCGCUAGGGGAGCCCCCGCCGAGCCCCCCGCCGCCACACACGAGGGCCUACUACUCACACCCGGACCAGUUCCUUCCACCGCGGAUCGCUAAACAACGAGCGUCCCAUCAAUGGGCUACGAUACUGGCCCAAGCCCAUCGUCAGUACGGCGCAGGCAGAGCUGAGCUGACGGCGAAGGCCUUGUAUCUGUCGUGUGUAAUGCAAUAUCCGCUUUACGGAGUCACACUGUUUCCUGUCACCUAUAAGGGUUAUUGGGCACAUGGUCCGAACGUACUUCUGGGGGUGGGUGCGGAGGGCGUGGUGCUGGUGAGACCCGCUGACAAAGUGGUGCUGGCGGAGUAUCCUUACACCAACAUAGCCGCCAUACUGAUGGAUCCCGUCGACAACGGACUCACCCUGAGCUUGACGCACCACGGCCAGCACGAUGGACUCAGGUGUAUAGUCCUGGAGUGUAACCAGAAGUCGCAGAAGGCGGAGGCGGCGUGGUUGAUGGCGGCGUACAGUCCGGCCCUGGGCGGAGGGCUGGCCGAGGAGGCGCCGCGCCGUGCCCCGCCGGCUGCCGAGCGAGCGCGUCUUGCCGCGGCGCUGCGGGCCGCGCGCCGAGCGCUCGUCGACUCCGCGCUGCUUAGGCGACCGCAGGACAUCGCGCCUGGUGCUGCUGGUUUCCUUAGGAACACGCUCAGGAGAUUAAGUAAGCACAGACUAGAGCGUGUCAGACUGGACCUGAGUGCGGAUGGUCAGGGCGAGUGUUACAAGGGUUUCCCGCCCUCUUACUGGACCUGGGCCCGCAGUCUCCCACACUCACUCACUAAGCUCAAUGAAGCCGAGGAGGUCGCCGCCAUGCAGAUAUUCAAGGAUAUAAUGAGUCACGCUGGUCUGAGCAGCAACACCGGCAGCACGUCCAGUCUCGCCACCAACAGCAGUGUGGCGAGUCACGACAGCGACAGUGAUGACCGCGUGUCGCUCGCUCAAGCGCUGCUGCAGCGCUGCCUGCAGAAAGACACGCUGCUGUGUGAGCUGUACGCACAGCUUAUUAAACAGACAACUGAGCAUCCCGAGCCUAGUUCUCGGGUGGCUGCGCGUCAUUGGUCGCUGCUGUGUGCCGCAGUGGGGGCAGCACUGCCGCCUGCAAAGCCGCUGAGACGUGUGCUGCUCGCACACUUGCGGUACCGGGCCGCAGCGCUACAUAAUACUGAGGAGGGACGGUUCGCGCGGCGAGCCGAGCAGGUGGCGCUAAGCAUAGCCCAGGUGCCGCGUCGUCUAGCAGCACCUUCCAAGGAGGAGCUGCUGUGUGCCGCUGCCCGCCGGCCGAUGCACGUGCGGGUGCUGUUGCUGGACGGGAAGCAGCACGGGCUGGUGUUCGGCCCCGCCGCCACCGCCGACCACCUCGUCGACAUGCUCAGAGAUAAGAUCGGACUUAGCGACGCUGCUACUGGUUACGCUCUGUACGAGGUGUGCGCCAACUCGAGCCCGGCGGGCGCGGGCGAGCGCGCACUGGCGGGGGCGGAGCGCGCGGGGGACGUGCUCGCACGGUGGGAGAAGGCCGGGGCUACGGCCGCCGCCUGCAGGCUAGUGUUCAAGAAGCGCCUGUUCCUGGGCGAGCGUCCGCUGCACACGGCCUGCGUCGCUGAAAUGGAGCUGCUGUACUAUCAAGUACUACACGCUGUGAGACACGACCGGUUGCCCAUCGAGACGGACGAGGCUGUGAUGGUAGCAGCGCUUCACGCCCAGGUGGUGAAGGGUGACUGUCUGGGCGGCGGCGAGGAGUGUGCGGCGGCGGCGGGCGCGGUGCUGCCUCCCCGGUUGGCCGCGCCCGCUCUGCCCGCCCCCGCCCUCCGCCUACAUCACCUGGCACUGCGCGGCACGGAACCCCACGCGGCCAUGCAACGAGCCCUCACACUCGCCUCCUCCUGGCCGCUCACACGAGCCACAAUCUUUGAUGUCAUGCAAUCGUUCACGUCCAACUGGCCGCGUGCGUUAUGGCUGGCGGUGGACGCCCGCGGGCUGACCCUCCUGCGGCGGGGGGCGAGGGCGGCGUUGGUUUCACACGACCACUCACAGCUGCUUGCCGUGUCUCCAGCACCGAGGGCCCUCCUGCUGGUCACAAGAGCCGACAGGAAACACGCCAAGCUGGUGCUGUCUACAGAUCAGGCGUACCAGAUCGCCACCCUCAUCAAGGACUACAUAGAGGCUGUGCGCGGUCCCGUGUGCCCGGCAGUGGCGGCGCCCCCCGCAGCCUCCUGACACCCGCCCGCCUAGUGCCAAUGCUUCCACGUCGCUCACUAGACAGGCCAGCGGACAUCGCGACAGACAGACACGCACCGACGGCUUAUAUAACUAGUGUCGGUGAACCGGAGAUCGAUAGGUGAAGGGAUAGGAGUAAAUGUUG